AUGUCGGUAUUUAAUCAAUCUUUUGUUGCAGCAAUUUGUGCGUUCUUCCUCUUGAUAUCAUCCGUCUUGGUACCUGGAGUUUCUGCUCAAAAUUUGCCCACGGGUCAAUGUGUUACUGAAUUUAAGGCCGAUAAUGACUAUUUUACUGAUAAAGUUACCGUUGAAACCGCCACCUUGUUUAGCGUCGAGUAUUUCAAUCAUUAUAAGCUCGUUACGAAUACAAAGACCAAAGAAGUAUUUGGGCUUUAUCAAUGUGGAACCAUCAAUGAUCUUCCAGCGAACGUCAAGCCGUUUCCCAUUUCCGUAAAUAGUGUCGCCGUGACCGACACCAGCAGCAGCGCUUUUCUCGAUAUGCUCGGACUUCGUUCGGUCAUUAAAGUGUUGGGCUCCGCCGAUUUAAUCUCCUCACCAUGUUUACAAUACGCCAAGGACACUGGGGAGAUCACAAUCCUCUCCACCAAUGAAACCCUUAACGAGAUAACGUUAGGAAAGGUUGAUCUGAUAUUUGGAGCGACUGAUGCUGCGACGGAUCAAAAGUCUGUUUCGGUCUCGACAGCAAAUGACCCAGGAGUAUUAAAUCGAGUUGAAUGGAUAAAAUUUUAUUCCGUGUUUUUUAACGCGGAAUCAAAAGCUAAUGAGGUGUACGGAAAGAUCAAGUCAAAUUAUGAGUGCUUUAAGAAUCUGGUCGUCAAGAACACGCUUGCGGAAAAACCCGUGGUGGCUUGGGUAGCCUACGAGGCUCCAUCAGAAUUUAAUCAAAAUACGGCCGCAUACAAGAUUGCUGAUGCCAUGUUUAAAAAACAAUUGACAGAAGAUGCCGGCGGAAUUUAUUUCAAUUCCACAACCUUAUCUUACUCUAUUUUAGGCGAUUUCCUCAAAGUGAUUGAGAAUGUUGAUAUUUUGAUUGAUGAAACUUUCAUCGCCCCUACCUUGGAUGAUGUUUACAAGAAUUUUGAAUUGACCCCUGAUCAACAACAAUACAAGUUUCUUAAAAAUCAAGCGAUUUAUCGUGAAGAUGGUUUGACAGGUCCAAAUGAUGGGCGAGACUGGUUUGAGAAUGCUGUUGUCAUGGGGGAUGCCUUGCUCGAAGACAUGAUUAACGUAGUUAAUCCUAAAUUACCUAAACCUGAUUAUCAACGUAUUUGGUUAAGAAAUGUUGCCAAAAAUGAGCCAAUUAAAAUUUCUUCUUCAAACAAUUGUUCUGAUAUUAAUCAACCAUCAUUCAGUAAAGCAGACGAUUGUUCAGCUCUUCCUCCCGUUUCUGUCAAAGGAGAUGGUUCUAUUUCUUCAACCCCUACUUUCUUUUCUUAUCUUAUUGCAUUUGUUUUCAGUAUCCUUUUUCCAAUAUUUCAAUAA